AGUAGUAAUACAUAUAUAGAGAGUUAUGAUUUAUGAAUUGCUCACUGCUUCAGCAAUAGGAUUCGUGUAAUCGUGUUUUCUUGCUCUACAAUGGAGUCAACCUUGUUAGCAGCUUCCACAGCAAACUCUCUCCUUACACUACCCAAAUCCAUAAACACCACCUCUUUCAUUUCUCACUUCCAGUGCCGUUCCUUCGCUCCUUCGUCUAUUCACAUUGUUUUACCCCGUCGACUCGCUCGGGCCAGGCUCCGGAGAGAAUUCGGGGAUCUGACCCGCCUCGGCUCGGUUUCUAGUACCGGUAACUCGGGAGCGCUCUGCUGGCAGCCGGUUCGGAAGGAGCCGCGGCGAAUUGUCUCCAGCUCUGCCACAGGAGGGGGAGUUAGUGAUGAUGUAUCCGCUGAUGUCAUUGUUCUUCACGUUGAUGGGAUGAUGUGUGGGGGUUGCACCUCCAGCGUGAAGAAGAUUUUAGAAAAUCAACCACAGGUUUCUUCAGCUACUGUUGAUCUUACAACGGGGACAGCAACCAUAUUGCCUGUAUCUGAAGCCAAGGCUGUGGCAGGCUGGCAAAAGCAAUUAGGAGAGGAACUUGCAAAGCAUUUGACUAGUUGUGGAUUCAAAUCUGAUUUCCAAGGUCAGGGAGCUCCUACUGAAGGAUAAAUUCCAUCAUGAAGGCGGAGAAUUUCUCACAAUAAGCAACCAUCUUCCAUCAUGUAGGUGAACUGCGGCUAGUGGUGAAUUAUUGAAGAAGCCAUCUGCAUCAUGUGAGAACAUAGUAUUAUCAAUUGGGAUCUGAGGGCUGAGCCCCCCUGUUGAAUCAUAAAAUCCUAAGACACAUUUGCCACUCAGUUAUAGAAAUCCAGAUGUGCCUAUUAAUUAAAUGUUGCUCUUUUAGUUUUGUAUCUGAAAAAAUGCUUCUGAAACAGCAAUGGUCUUGUAAGUUCCCUCUUACCUGGCAAAAGGAUCAUCAUGAAAAAGGUGCAAGAAGGAAGGCAAGGACUAUUGAGUAUUACAGAAAAGAAUCAGCUUUGAAAGAA